AUGAGGGUUUGUUCUGAGCAAACCAACACAAAACAAGGAUACCCAAGCCAGAAGAGCUCAAGGGCAGGCAGUAUUGCAGGUGGCACAACUCUUGGAACUAGUAGUUGUGUAGUUUUCAGAGAUGUUAUACAAGAAGGAAUAGCAGCAGGAAGGUUGAAACUGGCGGAGAAAUCUCCUUCAGUCACAACAGAUCCUUUUCCCCAACCACAAGUCAACAUGGUCAACUUAAAUUGGCCAGAACAGAAGAGAAGCAGGCCAACGACAAAAGCCAGUUCCAGCAGAGGCAGAAUGGUUUCAAGGGAAACUAUUGAAAGGCCAAAAACAACUAUCUCAGCUGGAGUAGUGCUCUGCAGCAAGUGCAAAUGUGAAGCUGAGUUAGAAGUGGUCUUGGACAGGCAGAGUCAGCCCAUUCCAAGUGUUUUUGGCAGGAUUGGAACCUCAUCCCGAGAUAGAGCCAGGCGGAAGGAGUAUCCCAAACCAACCCAGCACAGCAGGAGGAUGACAGAGCAGCCCAAGAAGGAAAUAUCAAUCAAGAUGCCCGGGAAUGAGAAACCUCUAGCUGCUAUCAUAGAAGGAAGGUGGUAUGCUGUCGGGAAAAAUGGCAAACCAACUAUGGAAUUAACCAGAACCCAGAAGAGGAGGGUUCAAAGGCAAUACUGCAUGUUCCUCAAGAACAAAAGUGACGCACAGGCACCUCCGGAGACAGAACAGAAAAGGGAAAGAUCCGGAAAUACUUUCCCAGACAGAACAAGUAAUCCAGCCACAGAAAAUAUACAAGGAGAAUCUGAACCUAUUCCGAUAGAAGGGCCAGAAGACUGGACUGAGAGAAAUGAAGAGGAGCAGCUAGAUUAUGAGCCAUCUGCAGAUGACCAGAAUGCACUCCUCGAAACAGGAGAACAGGAAGACUGGACAGAAGGAUUCGGGGACGAACACAUGGAAUAUGAUGGGGAAUUAGAUGCAGAAACUGAACCUUUUGGUGCAGAAUUGGAAAACCUGUUGCAGGGUGAUUUGGACAUCAACACGGUGUUCAUUCUGCCAGAAAAGUUCAGAGCUGCAGAAGGAGAAGAAAGCACUCUGGAGGGAGAUGUUUUCUCCCAGGAAAGUUUCGAAUGCAGGUUGGCAGAGGCAGAAGAGACGACAUAA